AUGGCUACCCUUUUCAGUUUUAGGCCUUGCGGGAUGAGCAUAGAUAUUCUGGGGGACUAUAAGUUGAAGAAUCGUAGGAUCAAGACUCCAAUGAAAGCUACUAGAAUAGAGAUUGUGCGUCUGCGAACCUAUUCUGGAUUCGUGAUGACUUACCAAGGGAUGGCUAACUGCGACCAUGAGCAUAUGAUGCUCUUACUAUUCUGGCUUAACAAAUUCAUUUUUCCCAACGCCAAUGGGGGAGUGAAGCCAGAGUACUUGCAUCUGGCGAAAACCCUUCACAAUGAAGUGGGUGUGGCCACAUGCCCUUUUAUGUUAGCUUAUCUCUAUCAAUGCCUUCAUCAAAUCAAUGUAUGUGUUGGUCCGUCGCAAAUCUUGCGGCCUGGUGCUCCGGGCCGAGGGGAUGUGCGUCAACACGUGACGUCCUCCUUUUGGAUGCGGUGCGGUUGUGCGCGGGCGUGCCAGCACGGUAUACCGUGCGUCGAAGUGAUGAUGAGGUUCGGGUAG